AGCGUGCGAGGCGCACAUCUGCACAGGCAGCACACACACUUUGACUUCACUCACCUCUCUGGAUGUCCUCACCCCCCCGGAGGACUUCAUUUCCCAUCAUGCAACAGCCGGGCACCUCAGAGGCCCGGCAGGUCAGCGCCCAGCAGGGGGUCGCCUCGCCGCCAAAGGUCCACGACGCCGGGACGGCUUCCGCGUCUCAGCCGAAGCCGACCGGGGGCCGCCGUGCCACCUGCUGCCCGACUUCAGGCGCUCCCAUGUGGGCGUGGCUGGUGCUGGGCGCCCUGCUGGUGCCCGCAGCCUGGGGCGGCCUCAGCGAGGAGCAGGAGGAGAUGCUGGUGGAGCUCCACAACCACUACAGGGGCCAGGUGUCGCCCAGCGCCUCCGCCAUGCUGCCUCUGAAAUGGGACCCCAACCUGAAGGUGCUGGCUGAGGGCUACGCCGCCAAGUGCAUCUGGAACCACAACCCGGACCUGGAGGACACUGGAGAGAACCUGUUCGCUGGCACAGGACCUCUGGACCUGCGGGCGGCCAUGGAGAAGUGGUUCUUGGAACAUCUCCACUACAACUUCCACAACAACAGCUGCCAUGAAGACCAGAUGUGUGGACACUACACACAGAUGGUGUGGUCAGACACACACAGGGUGGGCUGUGCCUUCCACCAGUGUAACCAAAUGGAGGGUCUGGCCUGGGAGAAGAUCUCAUACCUGGUGUGCAACUACUACCCAGCGGGGAACUAUGAAGACGAGCGUCCUUACGUGGAAGGAGACUCGUGCUCCAGUUGUCCGGAAGAUCUAAAAAUAUGUGAAAACAACCUCUGCGUUCCUGAGAUAAUGGAGGAAGAUGGUGAAGCUGAAGCUGAAGGUGAAGCUGAAACUGAAGGUGAAGCUGAAGGUGAAGCUGAAGGUGAAGCUGAAGCUGAAGCUGAAGCUGAAGCUGAAGGUGAAGGUGAAGGUGAAGCUGAAGCUGAAGGUGAAGGUGAAGAAGAGGAGUCCACCGUUCUUCCUCCUCUUGCGACAUCAGACCCCACCUUCCAGCCGGUAGAGGAGGAAGAAGUCGCAAAGGCAGAAGAGAUUCUUCCUCCUCCAACAACAGAGUCCUUCCACCAAGCAGACAUCCAUACCACCACGAGUAGUCCUAGUAUCACCACUACUAGUCCCAGUACACCCACUACUAGUCCCAGUACCACCAUGACUAGUCCCAGUACCACCAUGACUAGUCCCAGUACCACCAGGACUAGUCCCAGCACCACCACCAAUACACGCCGUACCACAAGUACCAAGGCCUCAUCCCAGGACCGUGCAGCACCCAACAUACCAAGAACCCCACCUCCAAAACCUCAACGGGAGGCGGAGACAAAGAAGGAGGCGGAGACAAAGAAGGAGGCGGAGACAAAGAAGGAGGCGGAGACAAAGAAGGUGGCGGAGACAAAGAAGGAAGCUGAGACAAAGGAGACGGCCGAUAAGGGUUUGAAGGUGAAAGGAGGCCAAGAAAGAAGUAUGGAGGGGAUCAGAGUGGACAUCAUAAGAAUAAAAGAGCAGGAAAUCUUGGUAAAACCUCGUCGCAAAUCCUCAUCAUCGUCAUCAUCAUCGUCUUCAUCGCCCGCGCUGAUGUUUGUAUCUUGUCUCUUCUUCAUCCUCAACAUCUAAACUUGUCGUAGCACAACACUGCCAGGAUUGCUGGGACUUGAAAGAGGUGCGGCUGGACGUCGCCUCCCCGCUUCAACUUAACAACGCAGUAUCAUAGCAUAUUUACUGUAUGUAUACAUAUAUAUAUAUAAUAUAUAUAUAUAUAUAUAUAUAUAUAUACAUAUAUAUAUAUAUA